UGAUGGCACAGUGGAGACGGCUUCAUACUUUAUAAAGCUCCCUCCGAGUGAGGAAACCACUGUGAACUCUUUACAGCUGAAGUGACGCUGAGGAAAACCCGUGAGAACGCUGAACCAUGAGUGAGAGGCAAGGAUCCGGAGCAGCUGGUGGCAACAGCAAAACCUCUGGUGCACAAGAUGCAUCUAAGAAAGACGUGCCAGAGGACUUUGACAUCGACAUGGACGCCCCUGAAACCGAGAAGGCAGCCGUCGCCAUUCAAUCGCAGUUCAGGAAGUUCCAGAAGAAGAAGAACGAUGACAAGUCGUAGUUCUCUGUCCGUUCGGCUCCAUCAGGACAGCAUGGUUUGAUGUUGCAUGUAAUAGAAUCCAUUCAGUAUGGAUUCAAGGGAGGGGGGAGGAGGGAAAAUCAAGGUCAUAAUCUGUCGAUCACUCAUCUAACCUGUUAUUUUACUGCUGUGAAAUGUGAAUUCCAGAGUUCAUGUUGAUUUCGGACCCAGCUUUACUCUCCAUUCUAGCCAAGAAUCGCUGUAGUGCUACCGAUGCAUGAUUUUCUACUUUACCUCAAACUGUUUGUCCUUUAUUUGUGAAAGCACAAUAUGUUUUCAUUGUGAGCUGCUUACAAUAUUUAAAGGGAUAGUUACUACACUCUCAGAAAUAAAGGUGCGGGAGCUGUCACUGGGGCGGUAUCUUUCAAAAGGUACAUUGUUGUACCUGAAGGGUCUAUAAUGGUACCUCAAGGGAACUUUUUAGAUACAGUUGGGUACUAAUAUGCACCUUUUAGGUACCACUGUGGACUAUUUGGCUCCUGUACCUUUAUUUCUGAGAGUGUAUUUAUUCGCCAUUGAGUGCUUACAAACCCUAAUGAGUUGAAUAUUGACAUUCAUAGUAGGAAAAAACAGAUACUAUGGAAGUCAAUGACUACUGGUUUCCAGCCUUUUUUGUGUUUAACAGAAAAGAAGCUCAAGCUGUGAGUAGAUGAUGACAUUUUCAUUCAUUUUUGCGUGAACUAUCCCUUUAAAUGGCAAAUGCUUUUAUUACUGAGCAUCAUGUGUAUAUAAAUAUAGAGCAGAACUUUAUUUUUGUUUCACACCAUUAGCUGAUGUAAUGCUUUUGCGUGCGUUCUCAUCCCAGCGGAGUUAGCUAAAUAUAGCCAGUGUUUUGAAACUCAUAUUGUUGAAUAAUUCCCAGCUUAUUUUACCCAAAUCCUCACGGUGCGCUCAGCUCUCUCUAUUGAUUUGUUUCUGUGUUGAAUUCCAUGCUGGAUGAAACAUCCCGAGAGUGAAUGUUUGAGUUUGCUGUGGCAUAUCAUAACAGUUCUGUGGAUUUGUUUCCUUUGCUAAGGACAAUGGCACAAACAUUAGCCAAAUCGCACACUCAGUUUCUAUCUCACCUCAAAUAUUUUCUCAACUCAGUCUGAUUGAUAAAAGAAACUGUUAAUAAACAUCCUUGAGUCUCUGGAACAA